GCCGUUAUGCAGGACUCGCAAAGUGCCGCUCUGAAACGUACGCCUGCGCUCGCAUCGAUGCAUCUUGCACUUUGACUUUCCGAAGCUCUCGUCUCUUCUGCACACGCGUCUGCGUAUGUGCGCGCGCGUGCGUGUGCUUCUCGGGCGGACUGGAAGACGGCGAAGAUGCGCCGCUGUGACUCACUGCCUCUAAGGUCAGAGGGAAGCCAUUCGGCGAGGCAAGCUAGCGGUUACGGCGAACACGUCAUUCUUUUGGACGUGGCCACUUGCCACUAAUGCCACGUUCUUUUGAGGACGCCGCACGGCAUUAAAACGCCAAACAGUGCUGCGGAUUGUGGGGAAGACGUAGUUGACGGUGUGCGCGGGUGCUUGGAUUAUGGGAUGUUUUACUUGUUGCUAUAUCUCUAUUGUGUGUGUCUAGUUGUUAUUAGCAGUAAAUGUAGGGAGAAAAGGAAAUGAACUGUAGUCGAGAAUAUAGUGGCCUUGGACAUUUACUCCACUGCAGAUGGGAGGAGAUGUCUGUUAGCAAGUGUAUUUUUGGAACACAAGAAAUCCUCGUCGCUCACUAAGGAAAGAUAAAUAUCUGCAAUAUAUGUAUAAAAAGUAUCCGAACAAUGAAAUGCGUAUUUUUAGUUUGACCCCUCCUCUUUCGACGGAUUUAAACAUACCAAAACACCCUUAAACUAAAGAAAGCGCACUCCAAAAAAGACUGUAUUUGUAUUUGAACAUAAAAACAUUGCAAGAAUAAAAUGGAUAGAAAAUACUGUGCAUAUUAUAGUGACGGCGUUCACGGAUGCCUUUAAGAUGCGGCCUGGCGGGGUGCCGCGGGAGUUUCGGAGUGAGAGCUGUGGCUGACAGCUGACAGGGCAGCAUUUCCAUCGGGGGUGCCAAUAAGGCUAGGACCGUUCAGAAGCAGAACAAGAGCAAUUUUGGACUAAGCUGACCUUGUCAUGUAGCAGAAAGGGAAAGCUCGUCUUAGCGAGUCAUGUGAGGAAUUAGAACCCGUUUCUCCUGCCUUGCAACUCGAAGAGCACUUCUAUUCGAGCAAUAACUUCUUAAUCCGCCUCGACUAGCGAAAUACACCCGAGCUACCCGGAGGGGAAACGUCCGCCCGCCCGCGCUGGAGUUUGCCUGCAGUCGACGAAAUGAAAGCGUUGCGCCUCCAGGCGGGAGCCGCCUCGGCGGAGGUAAGCCUCCGUGGCCGACGCGAUUGCCGGAGUCUCCACGACGACUUCCUGUGUUAAGCCCGCGGUGCCAUAAAACGGUUAACCGCUGGAUAAUGCAAGCACGGUCACCUCGCGGUUCGCAGCACGUCGAAAAAAAAAAAAAAAAACCCAACAAAAAAUCAUGUCAUUUGUUUUUAAUUUAAUAAAAGCACUCUUGAAUACUGGAUUUGAUUAAACAUACAGUAUAGUAAGAGCAUGAUUAAAUAGAAAAAUAUCCUUCCGUCUUUAUUCCGACAUUUAGCAAAGAGAAAUAAUUUUGGUGAACCUCAUUGCGUUAAAACGGGGAAAGUUGAGUCUAGUUUCAUGUCGGACGGUGAGAAACAAAAGCGUAUGCGUCUUUUUAUAUCGUGGAUGUAAACUGCCGGUUCCAACUGUGGAUGCGAUGUUUCAUGUUAGCAUUAAGCUUGUGAACUCAUUUGGUUGUUAAAUACACGUGUGUUUGUUUGAUGUUCAGUUUGACGGUAAACGUCACCUCUUUUCUUUUUGUCUUUUUUUCUACGAAUUGUUGGCUAUCUGACUGAAUCCUCGCAUUUGAGCAACUUCUAGUCUAGACUGCCAAAUAUGUUUCAGGGCAAAUAUCCCGCUUCCCUCCACCAUGCCGCAAAAGAGGCUGCUGAUAACAUGAGGACCACUGUUGGCAUUGUUACGAGUCGCCUUUUUGAGAAGUAGUCACGAGAGGGGUCGGGAAAGUCGGCGACUUUGGUGAGGAUCUGGAUAAAAGUCGAUUUUCCGUGAACCAGGAAGUAGCCUGGUAGUAACCAGCAAUCUGGUAAUCAAGCACCGGCUUGCGCCCACCAUAGGGCCCCAUUUAGUAACGAACAAUCAAUCGUAGUUGUAUAGUAGUAGUGCGUCCGUGUGCGUUUGUUAACAGUUGCGCCCCAUUUCAGUUUUGUUCUCAGUUGUCAACAACUGCUGCCCCGCUUGUCCGACGACUCGGUCUUUUCCAGAAGGCUCCAUGCUUCUUGUGAACGUAAACACAGAGCGAUGGCGCUAAACUAAGCUAUUGGAAAGAUCCCAACAUCCCAGCUUGGACACAAACAACAGCGAGAGGAUGAAGGGCUCUGCUGUGUGGGAAACGAGGAGGAGGAGGAGGACGAGGAGGAAGAGGAGGUGGAUUACGAGCAUGCCGAUUAUUAUUACGGUGCAAUCUAUUCGAGCAAUAACUUCUUAAUCAGCCUCGACUAGCGAAAUACACCCGAGCUACCCGGAGGGGAAACCUCCGUCCGCCCGCGCUGGAGUUUGCCUGCAGCCGACGAAAUGAAAGCGUGCGGCUCCAGGCGCAUCUUUGAUUGUGACCGACGAGCACACAAUGAUUCAGACAAGCGCGCACACUCGCUCAGGGAGGCGACAAAGACUCGGGGAGCGACCCGAAACACCGGCCGAAGUCCUGACUGACCGGCCGAGAUUGAUCAGGAAUUGGGUGCAUCUUCCGAGACCCAAAGGACAUUGCCUUCUGUGACAAUCCGUCACGAUCACGACAAACGCGUUCUGCCGCGUACCGCGACAAAUACUCUUUAUACCGUGCAAAUGCAUACUGAUAUCGAGCGGCAGGUGCCUGGACUUGUCCGACUUCCAACGCGUUGGCAUUUUUCUCCCUCAUCAUCGACCUGACGAGCUGAGAUUCAACCACUGAUCUUUAUCUUCUCCUCAAAAGCUGUGCUGAGCUCCAAUCCAAAGUGAUGCAACGACAAACCUGAAACAGGCGCCACAUAAUGUACUGUAUUUCGGUUUUAUUGAAGCACAAACAACAUGGCGUGAUUGUCAUUAAAGGAGCGGAUUAUCCUGGCCGCCGCAGCUACAUUAUAAUAACACAAAGAGAGCAAAUGGCCGAGAAUAAAGGCGAGAGAGCGGCUAUUCGAGAGGCUGUCGGCAGUGAUAGGACCGCUCGUUGACUGUGCUUGUGCACUUUGGUGACAGAGACUCUCCACGUUUCGCUUUUUAGCCCCAGGUGACGGCGGAAGGAUGCCGCUGGUGAAGCGCACCAUCGAGCCCCGGCACCUGUGCCACACGGCGCUGCCCAGGAACAUCAAGAACGAGCUGGAAUGUGUGACCAACAUCUCCUUGGCCAGUGUCAUCCGACAGCUCAGCAGCCUCAGCAAAUAUGCCGAAGACCUGUUCGGGGAGCUGUUCGACGAGGCCCACUCCUUCUCCUUCCGGGUCAACUCCCUGCAGGAGCGCGUGGACCGCCUCUCCGUCAGCGUCACACAGCUGGACCCCAAAGAGGAAGAAUUGUCACUACAGGACAUCACCAUGAGGAAGGCUUUCAGGAGUUGCACCAUCCAGGACCAGCAGCUGUUCGACCGAGACUCGCUGCCUAUCCCGAUGCAGGAGACCUACCAGGACUGCGAGCAGCCGCCGCCUCUCAACAUCCUCACGCCCUACAGGGAUGACGGAAAGGAGGGUCUCAAAUUCUACACAAAUCCUUCUUACUUUUUUGACCUGUGGCGAGAGAAGAUGCUGCAGGACACCGAAGACAAGCGGAAGGAGAGGCGGAAACAGAAGUCGCAGGAACCCCGCAUGUAUGAUCAGGUCUAUAGGUACUUAGACCUUCCCGGGCAGCUAAAGGGGAUAGAUCGGCCGGCGGAGGCCGACAAGGCGCCGCGGGCGCCCCACGACCGCAGGAAGGAGUGGCAGAAGUUGGCACUGGGCGCCGAAUUGGCGCAGGACAGGACCGACGAAAAACGCCGAGAAGCCAACGGCUCCGCCGGUUACCCUGACAACAGGGCUCAGCUGUACACGGAGCACUUGGACGGGCCCUUCUCGCUGGCGGCGCUGCCCUACAGCCAGAUGAACGAGCUGCUGAGCCGCAGCGGCGACAGAAUGUACUCGCGGCCCAACGACCCGCCGCCGCCUCCGCCCGCCGUGCACCUGCUGGGGGAGAUCAAGCCGCCCUCGGUGAUCAGUUCCAGUUCCGGCUUUUCCGACAGCAGACCUCAGUCUCCAGCGCGGACGGCAGGCCUAAACUCCAGCACUCAUCCUCCUCCGCCGCCCCCUCUUCCUCCUCCGCCUCCGCCUCUCCCGUCCUCCGGCUUACGCGGCACGCCUCCGCCUCCCGUUCCCCCGCUACCGAUGCAUCAGCGACCCCCGGCGAUCCCCCCUCCCCCGGCCCCUCUCCAGAUCGCCCCGGGGGUGCUCCACCCGGCUCCUCCGCCGGUGGCGCCGCCCCUCCACCCUUCCUCCCCGGCCCGCCUCCAGCAGAUCCCGGACAAGGGCCCCCACGCGAGCUUCUCGGCCCAGCCGGACGGCGCCGGCCUGCCUCCUCCGCCGGUGCCCCCUCCUCUGCCGCUCCCCGGAGCGCGGGGCUCCUCGCCCUGUCCGUCGGGACCGGCGCCCGUGUCGACCUUCCCUCCGGCGGGGACCCUGGCCACCGCGCCUCCCCACGCCAACGUGCACGAUUUGGGAAUCAAGAGGCACCAUCCUGCCAAUCUGCCGCCCAUCAGCGACGCCCGCAGUGUCCUGUUGGAGGCCAUCCGAAAGGGCAUCCAGCUACGCAAGGUGGAGGAGCAGCGAGAGCAGGAGGCCAAACACGAGCACGUGGGUAACGACGUGGCCACCAUUCUGUCCCGCCGCAUCGCCGUCGAGUACUCGGAUUCGGAGGACGAGUCCGAGUUCGACGAAGGCGACUGGAUGGAGUGACGGAAGGAAUAGAAAGCAGCCAGCAGACACUUCUUUGUCGUCCCGCUCACUUUUCUUUCCUUUUGUCUUGUCGUCGUUUCGGAAGGAGAGCCUCCAAUCUUCUUCGUGUCCCUCGUUGUCGUCUUUCUAGUGGUCCAAGAUGUCGUUCUGUUCUGUUUCUGCACUACCACACACAAUUGUGUGAUGCAUUUUUUUUUUUUUUUUUUUUUUUUUUAAGAACCACAUGCUUUUUGUCUCUUUCCUGACAUUUUUAAAACAGGGGCGGGCAACCUAUCGUAGGGCCGUGGACCGUUUAAGCUGGGUUAGGCUGGAGCAUUUUAUCCAGCUUUUGAUGCAAUUCUCAAAACAACAAAAAAAGGCCGACUGCCGAUGCGUGUUAGACUUCGUCACUGAGACGCAAUGUUGGCAGAUGAUAAUAUUUUCUAACUCUCUGGAAGGGGUCUACUGAGCAGCGUGCUUAUUUUAUUUUUUUGAAGUUCAUCUUGACAGCCAUCAUGGACCAGGGCUUUGCGUUGCAUGGCCCCUUUAGAGCGCCUCGUUGUCAGGGCGUGGACAACUGAUUGACAAUUGAGUCCACUGGACACGCCCACAGUGUUGGAGAGCGUCGAGAAUGGCUCGAUUUAUUUCAUGAUUCUCAAUUUUAAAUUUUUUUUUUUAAACUAUUCAAAUUUGGCAGGGUUGUCAACAACACUUUUUUCUGUGGUGUGUCAAAUUUAGAAUACAUAUUUCUUUCCACUUUACAGGGAUUUGCCAGAAAUGACGGACUUCCUGUUCAGUUUGGGGUUUGGGUCCUUGAGACUUUUUUUGUGCAUCCUGUUGUGAUGGACAUGUCCACCCAAUUUUGUGUUGAUCGGUGAAACUGGCAUCGGGCAGAUUUUUUUUUUCUUUCCAGGAGUGAGAAGUUCAGACAUUUUCCACCAGAAAACAGGCAAUUCAUUCCUCAGCAGAAUAAAUAUGUGACGAUUCCAAUAAGACCAAACAAAUUAUUUUCAAGAUGACACCUCAGAGGAA